GAUAAUAAUAAUAUUAACAAUCCAAUUAUUGGUGUCCAAAAACAAAAACAUUUCCCGUCCAACCCCAUUACGGGAGCUGACGUCACCGCCGGUCACAAUGCACGGCCAUCACCCUCAUCCAUAUCCUCUUUCCUUUCUCCUUCCAAUCUUCCAAUUCCUUCAUUUCUCUUAUUACCCUACACUCCCCUCCCCCUCCGGAGCACUUUAGCACCCAAAACCACCACUUCCACCAUGGAUCCCAGCCCCUCCGCCGCCAUAACCCGGCCUUACCACGGUGGUCGCGAAGAUUGUUGGAGCGAUGGCGCCACUGGGACACUAGUCGAAGCCUGGGGUGACCGUUACAUAAAUCUUAAUAGAGGUAACCUCCGUCAAAAAGACUGGAAAGAAGUCGCUGACGCCGUUAACAACCAGCAAAACGGCGUCAAACCUAAAAAGACCGACAUCCAGUGUAAAAACCGAAUCGACACAUUGAAGAAAAAAUACAAGAUCGAAAAAUCCAAGCCCCCUCCGUCGACUUGGCCGUUUUAUUAUCGUCUCGAUUCUCUCCUCGGCACUAACAGUAAUGCUACUAACACUUUCAAGAAACCUACCUCCGUUACUUUCACGGUGAAGUCAAAGACAAAGCCUCAAAAUGAUGUUUAUCCAGGCUUGGCCAGUUGUGGGGAGAGCUCUUCUGACGACGACGACGAUAUGGCGUGGGUUGAUGAAAGAGUGAAAAAGAAACGGCCUAGAAUGGAGGAUGUAGAUUUAUCUGAUUGGGCUGCCUGUAGGGAAUUAGCGAGAGCGAUAUUGAAGUUUGGAGAGAUAUAUGAGAGAAUUGAGAGUUCGAAACAGCAGCAAAUGAUGGAGUUGGAGAAACAGAGAAUGGAGUUAACUAAAGAAGUUGAGUUUGAAAGAAUGAAUUUGUUUAUUGAUGCUCAAUUGGAGCUCAAAAAGAAGUCUUUCAGCCGCGAUAAAUUUUGGAAGUUGUUUGUCUUUUCUUGAUCUGGGGUUCGCUGAUAUUGAGUUUUCUCAUCUUGGGUUGUUGCUAAUGUGAUUGCUUGAUUAUUUUUUUUCGUGGCUUAAAUUCUUCCAUUUGCAUGUAUUGGAGGUCUAGUGUAUCAGUCUCGCUUGUGGUUCUUUGUCGAAAGUCUUUUAGCGGUGCAAAGAUUUUCUCAUUUUUAGGAGAGCCCUGCAUCCGUAGAUUUAUGGCCAGCCAUUAGAGUGUAAAAACUGUGUAGUUUGCAUUUGAACAUAUUAGUUAGGGGCUGCAUGCUAAAAAUGGUUACUUAAUGAAUUGCCAAUGGUUGUACUUCUUAGUUCCUAGGUGAAGUGAAUUGAGGAAAUAAGAGUAAUUUGGGGGUUAGAAAUAACUUUCAUGUCAAAUCUUUGUAAUUCUGCCCAUCGUAUGUUUAGGAAAGCAAGGGAUGUGGAUAUUCAGUACCGAUUCUCUUCAGUUAACAAUUUUGGUAAAUUUGUAGUUCACACUGAAAUUUGUGAUUCAUGGAUUUUCCCCCACAAUCAAGGGUAGAGGAGUUUAAGUCAUGUAACGUGGGUUUAAGGCUGGUCAAAGUUAGUCAUUUGACUCAAAUCAGGUUCAGGCUCAGGCUCAGUAACUCAGCUAAUGUUUGUUUUGGGGUGGUCACUCUUAGUCAUUUGGACAUGAAUUAGAUUCAGACAACUUGUUAUAGGUGACUUGGUUGUACGUCUGAAUGGGCUUAAUAGUAACCAGAAAGAGUUCCCUUUGUGAUGAAGGUGCAAACUGCUGAAUCUGUAAAAUUGGACUUCCACUAGUCUUUUAAUCUGUCCCAAUGCGAAACCUGCCUGAGUGGGAUCUUUGUUACCAGAAAUGCUCUAAUGUUAUUUAAACACCUGCUUCACAAUUUACUCCAUGCUCCUGUCCUGCAAAAUAUUGAUUUAUUGCUCAUUGUAGUUUGAUUAGCUACCAAAUACCAUUUGAAGUUGUUGAUGAGCUUAGAAGACUCAAAUUUGACUGAUGUGUUUGGUGUACUUGCUGGUGAUGGUAAUGGGCAAUGUUUCAUACCUGUGAGUUUCUAUGGCAAUCUUGAAUUUUGCCUCACCUCUUCCUGCAAUCACAAUGUUCUCGUUUCAUCAUUCAGAAUCAGAAACUGUUGUUCAAAUCUUGGCUCUCUGUGUACUCAUCAUGUUGUAUAACUGAAGAAAGUCCAGAUCAAGCAUUUGAUCUCCAACUAUGAAAUUUGAAGUACGCUGUUCAUGCAUACACAUGAACCAUGAUGUAUUUCUUACUUUUUCGAUUGAAAAUUUUGAAGUACUCUGUUCAUGCAUGCACGUGAUUAUUUAUUGAUAUACAACUCUUAACAGAUUUGAUUAAAUAGAGCGAAGACAUUAGCUUUAAUCAGAUUGGAUUUGGUACGGAAUUGUGGUUAAGAUGGGUUUUGUUUGAGCAUUGGAUCUGUCUCCCUCCCUCCAUCCCUCCGAGAUGCUAUUCUAUGUGUAUGCACUCAUAGCGACACUCAGACACAUGCAUGUGCUUGGGCAUGCACGCAUUUAUCACAAAAAUUAUUUCUUCUGUAUAUAUAACAAUUGGGUUCACAAUCCUGGCCUGAUAUCCUCUUACUGUGUCAAUGUUGGUUCUAGACUUUAAAUUGUAUUCUGGUUGGGAUUUAAAUGAUUUUUUUACACUUUGAACAGGGAAGAAGUCGUAGUUGAUAUUGCUCAAAAAUCUUAUUUUCAAAAGGGGACUCCAGUGUGUAAAUCUCCAUGAAAGCCCUCCUUUGAUCUUUAGCUGAAGAGUGGAAGUCCUCUACCACAUCAUCCCGAGUCUGUCACAUCUUCAACUGAUUCAACUUUGAAGCUUUUAAUGAAUGAUUAUGACCAACCUCUGCCGUAUUCAUGGCUGUAACAUUAUUCUGCAUGCAUCAUAAGUUGUUAUGCUGAAGAUUUUCUGUACGUUGUAAUCUUCCGAACUGUAACCUGUGUCAGUUGCUUACAUUCUUAAGCAUCGUAUUCUCCAUUCAGUGAUGAAUACAUGAUCAGCUUGUAUCUCAGCAAAGGCACUCCGUGCUGAUUGAGCU